UUAUAUAUAAUCAGUGGUUUCUGCAGCGGUCGCUGACAAACAGCCAUAACAGCUGCAGAAAGCUAAAAUUUAAGAUAGGGUUCGGUCUGCAGUUGUGUUUUUCUUUUCUGCAGUUUGAGGUUAAACAGGCUUCUGUGUCUUUUGCUCUGGAUGUCAUGUUAAUCCCCUCAAGUCACCGGAAGCGCUAGAUAAAGCCGAGCUUGCAAAGUGCGUCACAGCGCGGAGUCACCGAGAAUAACCGGAGAGCCGCUGUCCACCGCCGAGAUUAUCUCUCCCGGCUGCUUUAUUUUUACAUAAGAAGCGUUUGCGCCAACAUGGUGAAGAUUGCGUUUAACUCCGCUCUGGCGCAGAAGGCGCUGGGGAAAGAAGUGCCAGCCUCGGAUAAGGACCCUGAGCUGGCCUCUGCUCCGGAGGGCAGUGAAGGCUCCACAGGUCGCUGCCUGCUCACCCUGCUGGGCAUCGCCUUCAUCCUCAGUGGGCUCAUUGUUGGUGGAGCUUGUCUCUACCGCUAUUUCACCCCAAAGAGGCUUUAUCAUGGUGCGAUGCAGUUCAGCGACGUGUCGGCCGGCGUCGGCGGGGAGAACCAGCCGUACUACCUGCCACAGGUGGAGGAGGAGGUGGAGAUCUCUGACAACAUGGCCGUCAUCAGCGUCCCUCCUCCUCGAUUCAGGCCCGGAGACCCCGCCUACAUCCUCCAUGACUUCCACAGGAAGCUGACAGCAUAUCUGGACCUGACUCUCAGGACUUGUUUCGUGAUCCCCCUGAACACGUCGGUGGUGCUCCCCCCUCAGGAUCUCAUGGACCUCUUCAUGCAGCUCAUGUCUGGCUCGUACCGCAGCUACCUGGUGCAGGAGGACUUGGUGGUGACGGAGCGCAUCGACGACAUCAAGCCCCUGGGCUUCUACAUCCGCCGCCUGUGUGACGGCAAGGAAACCUACAGGAUGCAGCGCCGCGUUGACCUUCCAGGUGGAGGAAUCCAGAAGCGCUCUGCAGAGGAGUGUUUCACCAUCCAUCACUUCGAGAACAAGUUUGUGAUGCAGACCAGGAUCUGCAAGGCCUGAUGGGAAGGCACCAGAGAGAGAGAGAGAGAGAGAGAGAGAGAGAGAAAGAGAGAGAGAGUGAGAGGAUAGAAGAAGAACAAGAGAUGAUGUGAUGUCUCAGAAAAAGAGUGAGGGAGAGAAGGCUGUCUUUGAACCGUCGGUGGUAGCAGAAAGUUAUUUUUGUAUAAACUUCAACCUGCAGUUUUUGCUUCUCCCGCUUUAGCCCCCAGUGACGAGUGAAUUUGAGUUACAGCCGUAUAGCCUGCUCCCUUUUCUGCUGUAUCGCCGUUAACCUGUAUAGGUCAUAACUCUCUUGCUCAUGCUAACAUACUUAGUCACUAGCUAGUCGUGUACCAGUAACUCGCUCCAACCUGCUAACUUACGGAUCUACUGAGAAGUUUCCUUUCUUACGUUGGUUUUCUUUAUGUUGCUCUAGACUGAUUUUUAUCCUUGUUACUGUAUAACAACAUAAAAUCACCUCUGAAGUGAAGGAAAGAGCUUUUAGUCCUUCUGCUGAAUAUCCUGAUGAGAUUGAAAAGUGAUUCAUAUCAGACCUGUCAGUGUGGCAGCCUGCCGUUUCCCUUGUCGACAGAUGUUGACAGGGUGUGCAGAGCAGUCUCACCUCCCCCGCCCCGACCACACAUGCAGUAUGUUGCAAUAAAAUUAUACAUAGAUCUUCCCAUUAAUGUAUAGUACACUACAGGUACACUGCGCGUGCAAUACACUUUUCAUUUUCCUUUUCUGAGGGUGCCAGAGGUACACCUCGCCGGCUCAGAGCCCGUGGUCACGCGUUGUAGAUAUUUCCCAGACUGCCCUGCUGCUCCCAGAGGCCUCUGCUGCCCUGCUGUGUGACGAUGUUUUGUAUCGAUGGUGUCAUACCUGGUGGUGAUCAGUCUAGCACCCUACAGGAACAGUGUUUGUGUUUGUGUAGAAACCUCAUUUGCGAAAUGUGAAAAUGCAAGAAAAGGGAUGGUGGUGAACUGGAUAAGCUAAAGGGAAAUUUCACCAAAACUGACUUUUAGGACAUUUUUCAACGAGUAUACUUUUUUUUUUUUUUUUUUUUUUUUUUUGGUAGGUGUUAGUUGAGAAUAGUCAAUCCCAUGACGUCAUCAAACUGCAAUUCAAAAGGUGGCUGUAAGAAAACAUCAUGCACCUAUACCCACCAGCGACAGUUUUUGAGUUAUUGCCAAAUCCUAGGUAUUGAAUGCAGGCACAGGUAAAGUGUUUGUCCAUUAAAAAAUUCUUUCAGUAACCCUAAAAAAAAAAAAAAAGCAGUUUGAUGAUUUAUUGGGGUUUAAUAGUCCUUUAUUUUGAGAGCUCUUGAGCCCCUCGAAACGGCUUGACUUUUGUGGGAAGUUGUAUGGAAAGCAUUUGCAGAAAAUAACACCCUAUAAGUCACUUUGAAUGGUUUCCUAUUUAAUGACUUGCACAGACAGACAAUCAGACGGGAAGUUGGACGCGCGCUCGUAAAAACAAGUUUCUGUCUCAGAUUUUUAACAGAACACUGGAAGAUUAGAGAAAGUGUGUACAACUGUUGAACCGAAUUUCACUUUGUUGUUGAAUAAAGUUACAUUUCUUUACCUAUA